AUGAUACUAGAUUUUUUCCGACCAGUGCUAAUGGCUAAGAAAACAAAACUUACUACAGAAGAACCGUCAAAUGAGAGUCACUUAGUCUCUUUAAUAAUGUUGCCAAAAUUUUUCGGGGUUGAUGGAACCACCACCAAGACUAUACAGUUAUGGAGGCCUAUUCACGGAAAGCCGAUCACUAGACUUAACCUUGAGAAUUGUGUCGACAACAUUGUCGUUUACAUUCUUCUUGAUCUUCCUGGCUUGGCGUAUUUCAAGAAAGAAUCCUUCAGACGAAGAUGGUAUGGACUAAUGAUUGCUGACGAUACGUUACAGUUUAGAUCAGAAUUACAUGAGCUUGUAAUUCUAGCAUUCAGUGCUUUGCCGAUGAGAAUGUUUGAACGCGUUGGACAAUUAGGGGCUGAUCCCAAGGCUUUUGGUGGUAUACUGAUUGACAAUGGUGUACCAUUCGAUGUACGUUUAGAUAAAUGGAUAUGCAGCAUGUACACAGAACUAUUUUUCUUCGGUCCACGUGAAGUAUUUUAUGAGUUUACACCGGAAAAUAUGUCAGCUUUACAAAAAGAAAAGUUUGUUUUACAGAUCAAAGAGCACAUAAACGCAUUGGAACUAUUGCAUACAAAUGGAUAUUGUUCGGAAACAUCAAAUUUAUUAAAAGCUUUUCUACCAUUUAUAAACUUUUCCAAGUCCUGCAACAAUGACGACUUGAUGAGUGCUUUCUACAAUCUCAUCAAUCCUUUAAUACAUUAUUACUUAGAGAAAUAUUUAUCUUCUGAAGAAUACACAAAGAAUUCAACUAGUGAUCAUUUAGAUCAAGCCAUUGACAAUCAUAAUGGUGAUUCUGGAUGCUUACAAGAAAGCAAAAAGUCAACAAAUUUAUUGUUACAACUCAUCAUUAGUUAUCACUAUUUAAAAGAAGAAGGAAGUUCAAAUGAAUUCCUAACUCUGACACAUAUUAUUCAUUUACUUGCUGAAUGCUGUUUAAUAACUAGGCAUACAUUAAACAAAAAUCUAAAAGUGUUGUUAAAAGUACUCGCUCUUAAACCUGAAUGGCAGGAUAAUCUGCGAAAAGAGUGCAAGCAAUUUCUAGAGAAUUAUUAUAAUAGAACAAAUCCAAUGUCUCCAUCCCCUACCCACUGUCCAUCACAUCUGUGUUUUUCCCUGAAGCAUACAAAAUGUUUAGUUUUUACAAAGGCUUUGAUUCAAGAAACACUGCGCUUAUGUGCACUUGGCUGGCCUUUUGGUUGUUUGCGUCAAGCUUUUCGUGAUGGGCAGAUUGUGGAACAAGAUUUCAGUGAAGGAGAAUUGGUGCUUUUCGAUGAGCCUGCUUACUACUCUGAUCCUGAUUUAUGGGAUACAGAUAUAUCGAACAGUGAGAAUAAGAGAAUAGGCAUAGAAAAUCAAGCCUAUAAAACAUUUGAUCCGCAACGUUUCAUUGAAAAGUCUCCUGGUGAAGAAAAUUCAACUAUACUGGAGUUAGCGUUACCUGUGCAUUGGGCACGUAAUAUUCUUCAAGGAUACACUGUAUGUGUACCUCAUCAAUUCACUUAUUUAGUAUUGACUACAACUUUAGUCCACUUAUUUGGAACUGCUUGGGAAUCAUAUAUAACAGAUGAAAAAAUUGAACCAGUAUAUACUGAUGAAGCUUUAAAAUGGUCCAAUGAUCUACCUGCAAUUGAUCUCAAAAUAAACUUCUCUUAG